AUGUACUCUGGCAACGGCACCGUCGCUGCCGGCUGGCCCGCUCAAAACGCUUGGGUUGACUUCAAUUCGAUGUUCACCGCCAACAUCCCCAUCAUGCAACAAUCGUGCGCCAACAAUGGCUGGGGUGCCAACAACUCUCCCGAUGAAAUCGCCGAUAUCAAGAGCUCCAUUCUCAAGGUUUCUGCUUCGUCGGGAGUAGAUGCACGUUUCAUUCUUGCUAUUGUCAUGCAAGAGUCCAACGGCUGUGUUCGCGUGGUGACGACCAGCUGGUCAGUCGCUAACCCCGGUCUCAUGCAAGAUCAUGCUGGCAGCGGUACUUGCAAUUCAGGCGGUGUUGUCCAAAACCCAUGCCCUGCAUCUGAAAUCGAGCAAAUGAUUGUUGACGGCACUACUGGCACUGCGUCUGGUGAUGGCCUUGUGCAGUGUCUGAAGCAAGCUGCCGUGAGCGAUGUCUCGCAAUAUUACCGUGCUGCCCGCAUCUACAAUGGUGGAUACUCUGGCUACCAUGCUGAUGAUUUGGGCACUGGUUGCUGUACACUUUGUUACGCUUCAGAUGUGGCCAACAGAUUGACCGGAUGGAGCUCGGGACCCAGUCAGUGUCAUUUGUAA